AUGGACGCUGGAACAGCGCCGCCGCUCGAGCAGCUCCGGACGACGUGCGAGACGCUCCGCGACGAGCUCACAGCGCUCUACCAGCAACGCGGUCGUCCCCCGUACGACGAGAAGUCGACGCAGCAGCGUCGUUGGCGCGUCGUCUUGCUCUUGAGCGCGAUGAAGGCGGGGUUACGCGCCACGUUUUUGGCCGCCGACGCGCGUCGCACGGGCGUCCAGGAGCAAAAGGACGUGGCCGAGGCGCAUCAGCUGCAGCUGCAGAAUUUAUGGUACGAGAAGGACCAUCUGCUGCGGGAGAUUGGGCGCUGUCGGGGGUUCCCGGCCAAGGAGAUGGACAAGAUCGAGUUUGUGGACGGCCAGGUCCCGGUCACGGCCGACGUGGAUGGCCAUCGCCAGCACUUGGAGCAGCUGACGCAGGAGCUGGGGUUACGAAAGAGUCUUCAGGCCGAACUCAAGCAGCUGAAGCGCCAGGUUGGGAAUGUGGAGACCAUUACAAAGACGAAACGUGCGUUUCUGGACUCGUUGCCGGACCAAUUGGCAGGUAUUGAAGCUGCAACCACGGGGUUGCAGCAGUUUAUGGGAAAUCCAGUGACAGCGCAGCGAAAACGACGCGAGGCAGCAGCACUGGAGCUGGCGACGCCGUUGUAUGCACUGUAUUGUGAGCUCGAAGCCUAUCAGAUUGCUAGUGGAGAUGCAGGGGAGUCGCUGAAGCUGGAGAUUGUCGACGCAUUUGGCGUGAAGGACCAGGGAACGUCUCGAAAGCGCGAGUUCCCUAUCGCGUUUGAUCGUCCAGAUCGUUUAAUCGUUGCUGGGUCUAAACGGCAGAAGGCAGCGUCGCGCUCACCAUCUGCUGGUGCAAGCGGAGCUGUAUUGCCCUCAGUUGGCAGUGGUGCGCCGUCUCGCUCGCCAUCGAUAAAGCGUGGAGCGGACGCUGCUGCUCAAGAGCCAGAGAAAGGGGAGAUUGUAGUGGCUCUGCACACUGCUGAGAAGUUGCUGGAGUUGCGUCCUCAUGCAUCGCCGGUAGAUGAAGAAGAGACGAAAGAAGUAGAUGUCGAUUCAAAGCACUCGUGCUUGAUGCUGGAAGGUAGUGCCGAUGCAUCUACAUCUGCAGAAAGUCUAUGGACAUCGCAUGCGAAAGCCUUGCAGCUGACAGUAGCCGUCCAGGUCCCUAUGGUUACCAACCAGAACGAUGUUGAUGCGACCAAGCACGUGACGCGUUCGUUCACCGUGAUGUUCCAGUACUUUCCAGUGGCCAAGAUUGUUACAGCGGAAGUCGUGAAAACUGCCGCUGCUAGCUUUAAUCCAAGCGAUCACCAGCACAACCUUCUAAUGAACCUGUUCCCAGGCGACGAUGGCCUGACUAUGCCUCGUUUAGCCGUGAACUAUGCUUUCGAAAAUGACAGCGACAAACAAGCUGAAGUGGAGUUUCCAGUGGAUGCUACCUGUCGACCGUACUUCUGGGCACAAUGGAUCUGCGGGCUGAAUCCGAUAAAGCGCCCGGGCCAAUCCCAAUCGGACAACGACGUCAUAAUGGAAGAGCGGCGUCGCAGGCCGGAGCCGUCGAUACGCAAUGUCAUGAAUCAGCUCGUCAAACGUUUCGUGGCGACGACGAUGCUUAAGAAGCACUUGAACCUGCUUGCCAAGGCCACCGGCCGUUCAAUCUCACCCGUCGAUGAUGGUGCGCGCUUCGUGCACCCGCUUGCGUGUCAGCUCUUCCCACGCGAGAUCAAGACGCACUUGGAGGAGUGGAAAGAAGUUUCUACGCCCGUCCAAGACGUGUUUCAACUCUUCGGAGAGAGCGGGAGUCCAUCCUCGCGUUCGCACGCGCGUUUCCAUCUCUCGACGACUGGCUGCCGAUACUUUCGCGCUUGCUUUAAGAAUGGCGGAACUAAGGUAUCGGCCAUGGUUGAAAUCUCGCCAGAGUACCCCGUGCGUGCGCCCCGCUUCAUCUUCCAGCCACGCUCGUCGACGAGCAGCAAAGCGAUUGACAAGGACCAUCUUCCCGUGUACGAAAACCGACUGAAGGACAUUGAGAUUGAAGUGAACGCGUACUAUGAUGAGUUGAUCCCUAAGGGCAGCGAACACUUUGUGCUUCUUCACCAACUUCGGAAGAUUGAGCAGUGCUUUGACGUCUUGUGCAGCGCUGCAGCUAAUGAUGACGCCGACGUUUCGUUGUCAUUUGUGCGCGAGCGCCGUGGCAAAGACCGUCGUCAAGCCAUCGUAAUGGACGCUGCAGCAAAGGAGCUGCGCCACCGAUAG